GGUGCAGCAAAGCGGGCCGUUUUCCUCCGAUCCGCCACUGGCGGUUCCUCGGUAUCCCCCUUCUUGGGGUCCGCAUUCGAUCCUGAUCCGUUUGCUCCUCAGGCGGUUCCCCGCUCAGGCGUGGCGGAGCCCCCGAAGGGCCGAGAGGACCUGCAGGCGGCGGUGGAGGUGCUGGGGCGCCACGCGCUGCACUCGGUCUUGGAGGAAUGGUUCCUGGAAGUCCUGCAGGCCGACCUGCAGACCAGCGUCGCUCCCGAGUUCUGGAACUGCGUGGCGCAGUACGAAAACACCGCCGAGGAGCCCCAGUGCUCCCUCCUGCUCCUGGACGCCUUCUCCCUCCUCCAGCGCCGGCUGGAUCCUUACCUGCGCAGCAUGGACCUCCUCGAGGGAUGGACCAGGGACGGCUUGCUCCUCGGGACAGGCUCCCAGGGCCUGCGGGAGAAAGUCUACACCAUGUUCCGCGCCAUCCUUUUCUUCUCCACCACCAAGGCCUUCCAGGAGAUGAUCCAGCGCUUCUACAGCCGCAGCUUCAAGAUCCACAUGCGCCAGCGGAGGAGACGUGAGGAGCAGGGCCCCGACGAGGGGGAGAGCGGCAUGAGUGAGAACGAGCAGGAGAGCGAGGCGGCGGAGGAGGGCGAACCCAGAGGAAGGGGCCCGCAGUGUUCGGGCUGCGGUUGCAAGAAGGACGAGUGUUGGUGUCGGACCGCCUUGGAGCAGUUCCAGCAGCUCAACGACAUCCUGCGCAAGCUGAACCUUUUGGAGCGCGUGAGCGCCGACGCCGUCACCAGCAUCUUGCACCGGAUGAUCGAAGAGCGGAUGGAGUGGCGAUGCCGGGGAGAGUACGAGCGCUCCUUCCUGAGCGAAUUCCAAGAGUGGAUCGAAAAGGUGCUGGGCUGGCUGAGCCGGGUGUUCCUGCAGGAAAGCACGGGGGCCCCUCCUAGCCGGGAAGCCAGCAGCACCCUCAAGCGGUGGAGGUGCCACGUCCAGCGCUUCUUCUACCGCCAGUACGCCAGCAUGCGCAUCGAAGAGCUCUUCAGCAUUAUUCGAGAUUUUCCCGAGUCAAAGCCAGCAGUGGAAGACCUGAAGUACUGCCUGGAACGGACCAACCAGCGGCAGGAGCUUCUCAGCUCCCUAAAAAGUGCCCUGGAAAUGCGCCUCCUCCAUCCAGGGGUGAACACGUCGGACAUCAUCACCCUCUACAUCUCUGCCAUCAAAGCCCUGCGGGAAUUGGACCCUUCCAUGGUGAUCCUGGAGGUGGCCUGCGAGCCCAUCAGGAAGUACUUGAGAACCAGGGAGGAUACGGUGCGGCAGAUCGUGGCCGGCCUGACGGGUGAUGCCGAGGGAUCAGGAGACUUGGCCAACGAGCUCUCCAAAGCGGAUCCGGUGACUCUUGAGAACGGCCAGGAGAGUGAUGAUGAUGUGUCUGACCCGGAAGAUUGGGUCCCGGAUCCGGUCGAUGCUGACCCAGGAAAGUCGAGUUCCAAGCGCCGCUCCUCAGACAUCAUCAGCCUCUUGGUGAGCAUCUAUGGGAGCAAAGACCUCUUUAUCAACGAGUACCGCACCCUCCUGGCUGACCGGCUGUUGCACCAGUUCAACUACAGCGCAGAGAGGGAAAUCCGGAACGUGGAACUGCUGAAGCUGCGCUUUGGAGAAGCCCAGAUGCAUUACUGCGAAGUCAUGUUGAAAGACAUGGCGGACUCUCGACGCAUCAACACCAACAUUCAUGACGAGGAGCAGAAGCUGCCCGAAGAGGAGAGGCCCCCCUUCAGCCUCAUGGCCAUCAUCCUCUCUAGCGAGUUCUGGCCUCCGCUAAAGGAGGAGAAGCUGGAGCUCCCGGACCCUAUCCGGGAGGCCAUGGAGGCUUACGCCAAGAAGUACGAGAAGCUGAAGGCCAUGAGGACCUUGAACUGGAAGCCCCACCUGGGCUUGGUGAACCUGGAUGUGGAGCUGGCGGAUCGCACCCUUUCUCUCUCGGUGUCGCCCGUGCAUGCCGCCAUCAUCCUGCACUUCCAGAGCAAAGGCACGUGGACCCUGGAAGAGCUGAGCGAGGCGCUGAAGGUGCCGGCGGCCUCGCUGCGGCGCAAGAUGACCCUGUGGCUGCAGCAGGGGGUGCUGCGGGAGGGCCCCCCGGGGACCUUCACGGUGAUCGAGGAGGAGCAGAAGGACCGGGCCGAGAAGGUGGUGCUGAUCGACAGCGACGAGGAAGGCGACUCCGCCAUGGCAUCCCAGGCUGACCAGAAGGAGGAGGAGCUGCAGCUCUUCUGGACCUACAUCCAGGCGAUGCUGACCAACCUGGAGAGCCUCUCGCUGGAGCGCGUCCACAGCAUGCUGAAGAUCUUUGUGAUGACGGGGCCCAUGGUGACGGAGAUCGACAUCCAGGAGCUGCAGGGCUUCCUCCAGAAGAAAGUGCGGGACCAGCAGCUCCUCUACUCGGGAGGCGUCUACCGCUUGCCCAAGAGCUGCACCUGAGCCCCCUCCCUGGCCGUGAGCUCUGUGUGCGGGUUUUGCUGGGCUCCAGAGUGGUCGCAGGGCAGGGCACAGCACGCUUGGCAGGGUUCUGCCUUCCCCUCGGACUGGCACCCUGUGCCACCCUUCUGGGGGCACCCCGUGUGGCAAAGUCUCCAGGCCAGGGAGAUGGGGCACCCUUCGGUCCUCCCCAAAGCGUGGAGAGGCUCCAGGACUUGUUCGAUCUGUUCUUUUUGUAAAUAAUAAUAAAAAACCUUGUGUCUUGUACUGUGAA